ACUUAAACGGCGUGAACGCCUCACUCAUGGGCGGAAUUGUUGAAGUUGUUCUACUAAACAUCCGAUAGAGUCUCUCCGUUCGGGCGUCGACCGAUAAAGCAUGCAGGUGUCUCUGGCUAUGGGCUACUCCGGUGCGCUGCUGCUGCUGCUGCUGCAGGGAUGUUGUACCGCUGCACGGGAAUGGGGGGCUUUAAAAAACGAUGCUACAGAAAGAAUACCUGAAUACACUGACGAAACGCCGCCGGUGGUGGAGCGUCAAACACAGACAGUCAACAAUAAUACUAUGAAUCGUCCAAAAAACUCCGCGCGGAUAUCGUCUGCUAACCAACCUACUUUUGCGGCGUCGGAGAUGACCUGCAAUGAACUGCGCUCGACCCGCUUCAUCACCGACGGGCUCUGCCGCAGCGCCAAGGCCGUGCGCGAGCUGGUGUGCUCGGGCCAGUGCCGGCCGCCCAACUCCAUCGGGGGCAAGUGGUGGCGGAGCAGCGCGUCCGACUACCGCUGCGUGCCCGCCCACGCCCGCACCCAGCGCGUCCAGCUCCGCUGCCCCAACGGCCAGACGCGGACCUACAAGAUCCGCGCCGUCACCUCCUGCAAGUGCAAGCGCUACACCCGCAACCACAACCAGACGGACGCCAAGGAGCCGGCCUCCGCCGUGCCCAAAACCAGACGCAACAACAAGAAGCAGCACACGCGGCAGAAUCAGGGACGAAGCAGGAGCAAAGUGCCCACACCGGCGCUGAGCAGCAACUCGUACUGAGGAGGAGGAGGAUGAGGAGGACGAGGAGGAGGACAAGGAGGAGGAGGAGGAGGAGGAAGCUUAGGUGUUAUGCGAACUGCUACAAGAGAGACAUACGUUUGACUAGACAUGAAAGAGAAAGAGACGGAACAUAUUCACACCCACACACAUGCAUGCUCAAACACUUGCACAUGAGCACAGAUAUCCACAAACAAGCAAAACUGACUUGGACAGACAUUGUACAUUUUCACUCACCCACUCACCGACAAACACCACACACACACACACACACACACACACACACACACACACACUGACCAGAAAUGUAACGAUUCAAACGCCACUCCUUGUUUCCAAGGAAAGCAGAGAUAAGAAGAUUUUGUAAGCUGCCUUUUUAAAAUGAUUUUCUUUGGACUGGUAUACAAAGCCCCGUUCUCAUCUGUUAUUUUUUUGUUUGUUUUUUUACUGUACUUGUCACUUUCCAGACACUCCCCUUGCCCUGCCUGCUACACCUAUUGUCUUUGAAAAAUAAGGGUGACCAAAGAAAAAUACUUUGGAACAUUAUUGGAAAGCUCACAAAAGGAGCAAUCUACAAAUUAGGGACUUUCAUGUUUGGAAUAUAACUGUUCAAGUGAGCUAUCCCACUGUUUUUGAACUGCAACGAGGGAAAAUGGGCAAACUUGUGUUUAGGUCUUUUGCUGUGCAUAUUUUGUCGAACCCAAACCCACAGUCAUUUUUGAAAAGCCUGCAAAGUGUAGACAUCGGAAAACAACAAAUGAGCCGUGACAGACAAACUCUUUUCAACUCAUCCCGAUCGCUGCCAAAGCUAGUGUCUCAACAAAGGCACACAAACGGGCCCAGCCAAAGCAAACCAGCAGGGCCUGCUCCACCAAACAGACUGCUCCACUAUCCAGACUGCAGCUCCACUACUGCCACAGGUGAAGCGUGUGUUUACGUAGCUGAACUGAAGUCAUCCCCACCAGGGAACGGUCCCAGCGGUCGUCUUUGGCUGCCUGAGGGUGUUGGACCCUAAUGGGCUGCUUCUGCUGACAGAUCCGUGAGGCAUAGCAUUCUUAACCCUGGUCACCGCUGGCCCGAGCCACGCGUCCCUACAGACUCGGCCCCGCGGAGAGCUAUCCGCUAACGCUAAUCCACAACGCUGGAAGGGGAAGGACCUGCGCAAUUCCCACCGCCUCCGUAACAGCCUCGCCGGACCUGUCAGGAGGAACCAAAACCGAUUACCAGUGAGACAGAGUGGUAACAGUUGUGUCAGCACUCCGCCAUAGAGGAGCUGCAGGGCCUCUCUGGAGCCGCACUGCCCAUUCUAGUGACUUGUCCUAAUUACUAAAUGGUCCCAUUCCUGUGUUUAGCAUUUGAGUCAUAAAAAGCUAUUUCCUCUAGACGUGGCCAGUUCCUGUUUGCGAGAAUAGGGGGCAAAAUUAGGGUCCACAUGUGCGCGUGUGGAGGAGUCUGCAGCAAUUGCGCUAGCGGUUACCUCGAGGGCAUAGCGGCGGUGGUGGUGGUGGUGAAGCUACGCCCCCUGCCCCCGACUCGCUGGAACUCAUUUGAACCGGCCGGCCCCAUCACAAUAGCUAUCGGAUUCUGAUAGCCCACAUUCAACCCUGUGUGAACUCUCAGCGUGAGGACAGAAAUCAGUCUCUUUUCCCCUUCACUCUCACUCUCUCUCUCUCUCUCUCUCUCUCUCCCACUCUCUCUCAUCCCCAAAGUAGACCACAUAGAAAUGUAGCCCAAAGCCAAAGCUAAAUAUGAACAGCGUGUUGAUACAACAGGGUGACACAGGAUGCAGACACAAGGGAAGGCACACAAAUGCCAGACAGUGCCAGACAAACUCAGACAGUGUUGUCCUUAACAUCACACAUAACAACACACUCACACACACACACACACACACACACACACAACACACUGACACACAUACACA